AUGGUUUGCUCUAAAUAUCACUUCCCUACCCCCGCGCUAGCUGCUCCGCCCCCUGCCCCGUCUGCUGCCUCUCCUCGCCGCCGCGCCGCCGGAGUCGCUCUACACGAGCAGCCGGAGUCCCCUGCUGCUGUCUGCCGCCGCUUCUCUCCCCUGCCGGAUCUCCUCUCUCUCUCUCUCUCAAAUUUGAAAGUUUAUGCCAAAUUCGAGUUGUCGUUCACCUGCCGGAAUCGCCACAUUCUGAUUCUCCUUUGCUCUCUUGCUUCUCCUUUCCUUCAACAGGUGGUCGAAAUAAGUAAGGGAAGUAAGGUGAAAUAUGAACUUGACAAGAAAACUGGUCUAAUCAAGGUUGAUCGAGUUCUUUACUCAUCUGUUGUGUACCCUCAUAAUUAUGGCUUCAUACCCCGCACUCUCUGUGAAGACAGUGACCCAAUGGAUGUGUUGGUCAUUAUGCAGGUAAAAUGCUGGUCUCGAAUUUUUACCAAAUAUUUCCGUCGAGAAUUAUUUCCCUACGAUUAA